ACACACACACACACAACACACACACACAGUCAGGACAGAUGGCCGACUCGAAGCAAACAUCUGAACCCGUCAACUUUGUGCAUCAGGAUGAAAUCUGGAAGGCGCAUUUAAAAGUUGAGAAGGUUUCAGCUGAAGUCUGGCCCAAAAAGUGGGGCUUCCUGACUGAGGUCUACAAGGAGUACGAGAGGGAGAGUGUGAAGCUGAAGAGAGCAGCCGGGGGGGGGCUCCCCCAUCACCUGGCCCCAACACCUGCAACCCCCCCACACAAACACAUCCAGGUUGGCCCCUCCCCUCCAGUUCCUCAGACAACUCAGGCUCUGAUUGGCUGGCGUUCAGCUCACUCACAUCUUCAGCUGGAAAAGUACGGCACAGUGCAUUAUGGGAGGCGUAGUUUUAUGAAGGAGCUGGGCUGGCCUCUUGGUGCCUGUAGCUGAGUGGAAGUCUCUGUCCACUCAGUGUUUAUGUGGAUUAAAAUGCUGCUGGAACAAACAGUGUGUGUCUCUGCUAUAAUGUCACACACACACACACACACACACACACACACACACACGUCACUUUACAGAGAU